AUGUCGAAUCCUACCAGGAAUUACUCUUCGAACCUUCGAGGUUCGCCGCUGAUUUACGAACCAAUGUCAAAGCAUGAUAUAGUUACUGCCUUCAUGGACUGGGCAAACACCUUCGAUAACCUCUCUUGCACCGUCAAUUCUAUUCAUGAUCUUUCUGAUGGUAAUGUUCUGAUCAGCAUGCUUUGUGACAUUGAUCAAAAUUGGUUUAAGCUGGUGACCCAUGUCCCUGAGAAUCGCAAAGAAAACUGGUUUGUGAAAUAUGACAAGCUCAAACGAUUAUACACAUUACUUACACGCUAUUACGAAGAAAUUCUCGGUCUGCCCGCUAAAAAUAUUGAAUCUCCUAAUCUAAAAGUUAUUGCAAAAGAUGAAGAUUUUGAUGAGAUAGUGAAGCUUUAUUCGUUGGUCCUUACGUUGGCUAUCAGAUCGUCAAAUAACGUAAUUUACAUCGAGAAAAUCCAGUCUCUUAGUCAAAAAUCCCAGGAAGGUAGCGACGAGUUAAGCCAGAUUACUGAAGAACACAAAAGACUUUUGGUGGAAAAAGAAGCUUUGGAAAGAGCACAUCAAACUCUAAUCACUGAUAACACCGAAUUGCGACUUCAAUGUGAUGAUUUUGAAAUAGAAUGUGAGGAGCUAAAACAAAAGCUUAAAAUUGUGAAGAGUACGAUAGCACAAACUUCUAAAGAUGGCCAUGCUGACUUCCCUAUGAAAAAUGAAAUUGAUAAUCUUCGUCAUGAAUUGCAAGUAUUUGAAAACAAGCGUCACGAGACGGAAUUGUUAAUUGAUGAUCAAAAUCAGAUGAUAAGGGAUCUUACUCGUAAAGUCGAGAGUCUCUCUCAUCAAGUCGACGAAGCCGAACGAUUAAAAGACCAGCUAGAUGAGUUUAGAUCCACUGCCGAAAAACUAAAGAAGACACAGAAUAUUCUUGAAAAAUAUAAAAAGAAGUUAGAAGAAAGUGCGGUCAUGCGAAGAUCACUUAAGAUACUGGAACAAGAAAACAAAGAUAUGGAUAAAAUCAAUCAGGAUUUGCAGAUGGAAUGUCGAAAAAUUGAAACGCUCAAAUCCUCGAUUGAGCAUUAUAAACGAAAAAUUAUCGAACUACAAAAUGAAAAGAAUGAAUUGGCAGAUCAAAAGGAAAAAUAUGAACGCAGUGAAUCCAAAAUGAAAAUAAAAAUACGUUCUUUAGAAGACCGGCUUGAGUUGAAAAAGGAAACUGAAGAAUUUGAAUCUGCUGAUAAAUAUGAUAAUGCCAGGGUACUUUCAGUGGAUUUGGAAGGAAGUACAAUGGCUAGCCUGAAAUCCAAAAUCAAUAAAAUUGAACUUGAGUUAGAAGAAUUGCGUGAAAGUAAAGAAAGUAAAUCAGCCGAGCUAUUAGUUUUACAGCAUCAAUUGGAAGACGCAAUCAAAGAUAAGGGCAAAUUGGAAAAGGAAUAUUCUAUAGCUUGUCAAGAAAAAUUGGCAUUAGAGAAUGAACUUGUGCGACUGCAAAGUAAUGGCUCUGACAGAAGCGAAGAUGAUAUCAAAAGUCAGAAUAUUAUGCUCUUAAAAAAGAUUGCAGAUUACACAAGUAAAGUUGAAAAAUGUAAAGCGCUAAUCACAGGUCAACAUGAAAUUAUUGAGUACUAUAAGAACAACGAAUGUCUUAUCUAUGCCGAAAGAAAGGCUCACGCCGAGGAAAUUGCGCUUCUUGAAGUGAGAACAAUCUCUUCGUAA